AUGGCGACGUCCGCGGUCGACGCGACGCUCAAAACCGGAAACGUGAACGCGGGCGCGGACAGCGACGCGACGACGACCGCGGGGGGGGCGCCCUCGCCCUCGCCCGCGCGCGACGCCGCCGCGAAGGACGCGACGACCGCGGCGGCGCCGAACGCGCCGGGCGGGAACGCCGCGGAGAAGGAGCCCGCGAUGACGCCGACGCAGCCGGCGUGGGGGAAGCUGGCGUCCAUGGUGGAAUCCAUCGUCGACGCGCCCCCCCCCGGCGGCGGCCGCGGCGGGAAAGGCGGCCGCGGCGGUCGAGGCGGGAAGCACGCGAAGGCGGGACGCGGCGGGAGCGGCGCGAUGCGCGUCGUCGUGCGGCAUGACGCGCCGCCGGCGGCGGCGCCCGCGAAGGACGUCGACGCGAACGAAAACGCGGACGCCGAGAAGGCGGCGACCCCGACCCCGAGCGCGGACACGUCGCCGACGACGGCGACGGCGACGGCGAGCACGCUGCAGACGAAGAACCCGGUCGUGGUCGUGUCUGAGGCCGUCGCCGCGACGACGGCGAAGCCCGUGAGCCCGGUGACUCCCGAGGAGGAGCCGUCCCCCGCCGCCGCCGUCGCCGCGGCCGCCGCCCCCGCCGCCGAGGGGGAGACGGACGAGGAGAUCCUCGCGCGGUGCCCGCCGCCGCCCCCCGGGUUCCUGAUCGUUCGAUCCGAGUCCGUCGGCGACGGGCCGUGCCCGUUCUGCGACAGUCCGAUGAAAGCGAGGGGGAUCAAGAAGCACCUGGCGCACUGCAAGGAGAAGCCGAAAGGGUACAAGCCGGCGUGCUGCCCGCCCGGGUUUGUUCCGAUUAAAGACUCAUCCACGGAAGGGAAUAAGCUGCGCGAGGACGCGGCCAAGCUCGCGAACGAGGCGGCCGAUGCUUUGCGAGAGAAGAGGAUGGAGGAGAAGAAGGUCAAAGCCGCGGAGAAGGCGGCCGCCACGGAGGCCGCGGCGAAGGCGUCGGCGAAGAAGGCUGGCGGGGAGGAGGACAAAGAUUCCUCCACCGGCGGCGCGGGCGGCAUCGAGGAGGGCGACGAGCAAGGGAACGGAAAGGACGGGGACACCCCGAAGAGCAACAAGCUCAUCUUCCGCGCGAAGAACGGCGCGGCGGCGAAAGCGGCGGCGGCGGCGGCGAAGCCCGCGGAGGUGUUACCCGGCACGCGUCCUCGCCGCGCGUCCGCGAAAGCCGCCGCGAUGGCGGAGGAAUCGAGCGAGAGCGAGAGCGAGAGCGAGAGCGGGAGCGAGCCCGCGGCGGCGAAGAACCUGACCGCGCGGCCGCGGCGGAAAUCCGCGACGCUCGGCGUCGCCGCCGCCGCGAAAGCCGCGGGGCCGGCGCGCCGAGCGAGCGGCGGAAAGGCCGCGGUCAUCAUGCACGUGGACCUCGCUUCCAAGGGGUUCAAGUGCGGGUACCCGGACUGCGGGAAGAUCUUCGGCGCGCAGAGCGGGCUGAAGCGCCACGUCACGGUCUCGCACGCGAAGGACCACGGGGACCAGCCGUUCACGGUCGUGGACGAAGCGACGGCGGCGGCGAACAAGGGCAAAGCCGGCGCCGGCGGCCGCGCGCGGCGGGCGAGCGCGGUGUCGAACGACUUCGCGGGCCUGAGCGAGGACGAGGACGACGAGCUGUUCGAAAUGCGCGCGACGAACUUCACCAAGGGCGGCGGCCGAGGCCAUCGCUCGGACAAAGACGCGACGGAGAUCUCCACGGAGGAGGAGGACGACGACGAGACGAUCGUCCGCGGGAAGCCGACGCACGGCGGCAUCGCGCGAUUCACCGCCGGCGUCGCGCAGGACGAGGACGGGGAUGAAGAUUCGGAGAUGCUCGGCGUCGUCGCGGAGGCGACGUACAAGGCGCGCGCGGCGACGCGCGAGGCGGAGGCUGCGAUCGCGGACGCGAAAGCCGCGGACAUGGACUACGAGCAGGGCGGGCGCGCGGGGCGGAAGCGCGGCGCCGCGACGCCCCCGGCGGGCCGAGGGCGGCCGAAGCAAAAGCAGAAGGGCAACAAGGGCGCCGCGAACGCGAAGAACUCCGCCGACGCGAAGGACGCGCCUAAAGAAAAGGAAGUGUGCGAGAUCUGCGGGAAGGUCUUCGCCGCGGUCCAGGGCGUCCCCUCGCAUUACAAGUCGCACGUGGCCAAGGCGGAGGACGCGGAGACGAAGCAAAAAGCGGAACGCGCGCUGUACCAGUUUCAGCAACGCAUCCGAGACCGCAGGGAGAAAGCGGUCGUCGCCGCGAGGAGCGGCGCGCGCGCGCGCCGCGAAGCCGAGGCCGAGGACGAGGACGAGGACGAGGACUCCCCCGGCGGCGGCGCGAACGACGCGGCGCCGCUCGUGCUGAACCCGAGCGCGCGGAACUGCUCGCACUGCGGCCAAGGCGUGCGCUUCUCCACGCAAAAGGACUUAAUUUCGCACAUGUGGUCUGAGCACAAGGUGGUCGCCAUCUCGGACCCGUCCCUCGUCGGCGGCGGCGGGAACCGCGGCAGGGCGUCGAGGCAGGCGAGCGACGGGUGGGACUCCGGCGCGGCGGCCGCCGCGGCCGCGGCGGCGAUCGCGGCGUACCCGAACGACUGGAUCGGCGGCGGCGGGAAGAACAACGCGCUCGCGUUUCCCGGCGUCGACGCCGGCGGGACGAUGACCAUCUCCACCGGUCUGGUGCAGUCGAUGAUCUCCCGGAUCGACGCGCUGGAGAAGACCGUCGCGUCGUUAGGGUACGGCGGCGGGAACGGCAACGCGAACGCGGGGGCGAUCGUCGCCUCUGGCGGCAACGGCAACGCGGCGGCGAUGCAGAUGCAUCCCUUCGACGCCGCCGCGGAGAUCAAGCGGAUCCCCGUGCGCGGCGCGAGGCCCGGGUACUCGCCGAUCGUCACCUUCGGGCGCAUGGUGUGGCUCACCGGCAUCGUCGCGCUGCAGACGGUGGACCAGGACGUGGAGGGGCAGACGCGCCAGGCGCUCGAGCACAUGACGCUGCUCUUGCACAAGGCUGGGACGGACCCGACGCACUUGUUGCGGCUGAACGUCUACCUCGCGGACAUCCGAUGCGCGGAUCGGAUGUACAAGGCGUGGAACGAGUACUUCGAGGGCCUCGGCCUGAGCGAGGGGCAGCGCCCGGUGCGGAUCACGCACGAGGCGAGGUUGAAGAACGAGGGGUUCAGGGUGGAAGUGCACGCGGAGGCGGUUUUGCCCGCGAAGUGA